AACAACUCGCAGACUGACCAGAACGAAUUCGCCCACACCAUGCAAAAUAUAAACAAAUCGCAAGCCAAUAAACUGAGAAGAGCCUGAGGCCUGAACCUCAACUAAGCCGACAGUUUCGCUUCAAACCUCCCUCGAAUCGGUGGUCCAAAUCGGAAUAUAUACCAUUAAAAUGAGUUUUGAACAUCCAGUAGAAUUUAAUCACGAUGAAAAUAUUCUUUUUGAUCACAGACAUUCCUACUUGUCGGAAUUCCUGACCAAGCUCACCUUGAAGUCGUCCGAAGAUCAAAGCGAAGAGUCCUCUAUUUUGAAUGAGAAACUUUUGCAAUUUAAGUUCGAAACUGAAUUGCUGGACUUGAGUUAUCCAUCACCCGACUAUUAUGCCCAAAAGGAGGAAUUAAUCUACAAGGUUGUAUGCGAAAUCAAGGGGCUCAAGCCUCAAAAUGAGCAGGAAUUUAUGGAAACCUCGCCAGUUGAAAAUUUUCUGGAUACCUAUGCUGGAGAUGUGGAAGCAUGUGUUAUAGUGGAAUUGAAAUGAUUUAUAACUUUUAUAAACACAAGAAUCCCUUUAAGAAGCCAUCCUAAAUAGAGAACAUUUGGUUGUCUUAUGAAGUUGCCAAAUCUUCUAAUUAAGUCAUUAUCUCA